AUGCCGUUAAGCUGUCAUAAUAUCUCGGCUGUGGCUGAUACUUGCCGCUUCAACUACCCCGGUGGUCAACUCCUUCAAACACAAUUUUGGGACACUAAUCCAUCGACGGGACCGAAUAACUCGUGGACCAUCCAUGGCCUCUGGCCCGAUAAUUGCGAUGGAACCUAUGAACAGAAUUGUGAUAAUUCCAGAGCAUACACCAAUAUCACUGCGAUCCUUCAAGAGCAGGAUCCUUGUACUCUGGAGUAUAUGCAAACAUACUGGAAAGAUUACACAGGCAACGAUGAGAGCUUUUGGGAGCACGAAUUCGGCAAGCAUGGCACAUGCAUCAGCACUCUUGAACCCAGGUGCUAUCCCAAUUACCAGCCUACUCAGGAAGUCGGCGAUUACUUCAGGAGAGCCGUCACUCUGUUCCAAACCCUCCCUUCAUAUGAUUGGCUUGCCGCAGCUGGCAUCUUGCCAUCAUCAACAACUACGUACACUCUGGCUGCAAUCCAGGAUGCUCUUACUUCGCAUUUCGGCCACAACGUCAUCAUCAACUGCAACAAGAAUGGUGAGCUUGACGAGUUAUGGUAUCAAUACAAUGUCCGUGGUUCCGUUCAGUCAGGCGUGUUCGUCCCCGUUGACCCCGUUGGCGCACCCUCUACUUGCCCUAAGACUGGCAUCAAAUAUCUGCCCAAGUAUAGCACCCCUACAUCGACGACAACCACCAAGUCGGCUACCAGCACCAGCACCAGCACCACACGUCCGACCAUACCAGCGGGUGUCCUUUCCGGCAAGGCUUACAUAUAUGUCGAUACUACUAGCACCACGAGUCCCGGGUUCCUCAUCAGCAAGGGCGCGUGGUAUCGCGGCGGCGGUACCCCAGCUACGUACACUGCUACACCAAACGCUGACGGCACGACAUUUUCUCUGAACUCUAGUAAGGGCAAGUGCGCAGUCUUGAGCGACUCUUCCUUUAGCUGCGAUACCUCCAUCACUGCCGGCAGCAGCUUUGCCUAUGAUGGCUCGCACUUGACGUUCGAAGGAUCAUCAACUUUCUAUGCCACUGAGGUUCCCACUGGGCAAGCCCAGGGUACCGUGUUUACGAGUCCUCAGGCAAUCUCACUACAGGUUACCUGGAAUCCUUUAUCAUAG